ACAGUUCGAUCGGGCCGUCGAUCCUUGUUUGCCGCGAACAUGACGCCAUGUACAACUCUCGUUUUUCGUGGGACUGUAACUCUUCAUCUAAGGUAUACCAGACUCUAUACAAAGGCUCACUUUGUUGCUAAAAGAUUGGUCUUUGAGUCAAUACUUGAUUCAACUUAUUAUGAAGAGUGUGUUCUGGUUGAUUAUGAUUUCCCUCAAGUAACUGUCAAGGAAGAUAUCAAUGCUUUAUUAAAUCAAUUUGCAACUUUUAUGAAGUUAUGUGGGAGUACUGAGUCACAGUUAAUAAGUAUUCUUGGUGAGGAUAUAAUGGAGUGUAUCCAUUGGAGGGUUGGUGCCUUGAUGUACAUGUUAGCAAACACUAUAUUGAAUAUGGAGACUAGGAGAGAAACUGUUGAUAAGAAUUGGCUCAGAGAAUGCUGUUAUGUUGGUGUGCUUCACUUGAUGAUGGUGUUUGAGGUUAGGACUCCUCUCACUGCAUCAACUAAUGAAUACACUACUAAUGAUCAAAGAAUAGUGGAGCUAUUAAGUCAAGGAAUAAGGAGUGACACUCACAUGCUAGCACUAGCUUAUGGUGGUGAACUAUCAUACUGGUGUAUCACUAACAAUGGAAGCAAUGAGAUACCUCAAUAUCCUCAACUAUACAAAGUACUUGAUACAGUGACUCAAGGAGCUGAUAGACCUAGUAUCCAGUUAGUUGGUAGUAUUGGCAUGAAGUUCUUAUCAAGAUACAUAGAACUGGCUAAAGGAUCAUUGAGCAUGCAGUCAUGGCAGUGUGAGAGACCAGAGGAACUAUUAGCAGAACUAAGGAAACAAUAAUGGCAAUUUAUGCUUAUGGUAAUUAAUGUAAUUCUUGGUUUUUUAUUAUUAAUUAUUGUGUAUUAGAAUGGUCAAUUUAUAACUUGUGAAGUGUCAUCACUAAAAUUGUAUUUUAAAGUAGAAGCUAUUGUUUUUCAUGAAUCU